AGAUAAUAUCAGAAAUUAAUCUAUGGAUAUUUGUCGUAGGCUGAAAGUUUUAUACGCCAAUGCCAAAAAUUACAAAUAUUAAGGUAUAGUCUAUGGUCACAACUAAAGCGAAGAAUCUAUGGAUAAGUUACUCCUCAGUGCUACCAACCUGCUAACAAAAACAUAGCCAACUGGACAAAUAUCAUCGUAGUAACUUGUAAACAAAACAAUGACAGAUUUAGUUAAAUUUAGGUUAACUUAAGGAUAUGUUCGUUUAUAACAAUAAAAUGGUUAACAAAAAUUUACAAAACAAAUUACGUAGUGAAUUAGUGUCAAAAUAGAAUAAAAACAUAACAAACAAAAUGUUCAAGCACAAGACACAACAGUAAAAUACAUUAAGCGACUAUGAGAUGGUAUGUUUUCUUUAUUGAUAUAAUGUAUCUUUUACGUGUUAUUUUAAAAAAAUAUUAGCAUUGUGCACUUCUUCUCUAUCUAAUAUAUAAAAUUCUCGUGUCACAAUGUUCGUUCCCAUACUCCUCCGAAACCGCUUGACCGAUUCUCAUGAAAUUUUUUAUGCAUGUUCAGUAGGCUUAGUGCGAGUUUCAAAAAUCGAAUCGAAUGACUCGCAUCGAGUGUACGCUCUUCACGGUGAAACGUGCGGAGCUCUGAGUGCGAGUUACUCGAUUUGCAGGACGUUUAUUCAUCUUGAGAAGCGAUAAUUUUUUCUUUUAUAUUGGUAGCACGCAAGGUUUUUUUUUAAGGCAUUUAAUUGAAAUACCAAGCUUUUUACCGAUAUUUAUAAUUAGUCGGGUAAUGGGUAAUGUACCUGUGCUUAGUGCGAGUUUUUUUAAUGACUCAGUCGAUGUCAAUGUUAUGUUUAAUUUGUGUGAGGUUGUAUCAGUGCCACCUAGUGGUAAACUUAUGAAUCCCAUUUUGUGGGAGAGAGAAGGUUUGUUUAUGUUGCUGUCUCAUGUACCGAAUAGCUUUACCGAAGUGAGCCUCUCGAUUAUUGUAUGUGCGAGUGCGAGUUACAAAUUAAUGGAUUUUGAGAGUAUUUCUUCACUUUCAAGCAAGUUAAGUAGUCACUAAAUUUUUUUCCGUGAAACCAAUACAAAACCAAGAUUUUUUCUUUCGUUUUUUAAUAAUAAUGUUGUUUUAUAUGGUUUUAUGUAUUCUAAUGGUUUAUACACAUAUAUUUUUUCGGUUAGAAAAUUUUAUCGACAUCUAGCUAGUUGUAAAUAUUAAUCAUUCCUUUUUUUUUUUAGAGUUGUUUGAUGAGAGAGGGAAUGAGAUAUAGUAUUCUUUAUUGUACACAAUAUGAAUAAACAAUGCGAAACAUUAAAAACAAAAAAGUACAAGUGUUGGUCUUAUCGCUAAAAGUGAUCUCUUCCAGACAACCAUCAAGUAAACAGGAAUAAUUCCGCAAUGAAUUGCACACGGUGUACCUAUCUAUUGAAAUAUAUAUAUAUAUAUAUAUAUAUAUAUAUAUAUAUAUAUACACACAUGCGUAUAUACAUACGCAAAUAACAUAGAUACAGUUAUAUAUUUAUAAAUAUACAAAUUUGAACAAUGUAAUAAUAAUUUUGCUUUUUUACACUUACGAUAAGGAUGCAUGUUUGUAAUAAUUUCAGUAUAUUUGGGCCACCUAAUUAAGAUCAUCAACGCUUACCGUAAAUAGUACAAUCAUUUCAUAACUAACAACUAAAGGGUAAAUGAUUAAAACUAUUACUCUUUAAAAAUAUUAAUUUCUUUAGGUACCUAUUUAAAAAAAGCUGAAAUAAUUAUUCCAAGAUUAAUUAAAAGUAUGUCUAAAUAAUUACACUCAAAAUAAAUUCUUAAAUCUCUAAUUCUAAUACUUAUAUUAAAGUUACUAAAAAUCAAAUUUAUGAGGGGUUGUUUUCGUGUCUUCGUGUAUUUUAAAGGUUUGGAAAAACACGCAAUUACGGCAAAGUUUCUUUACGAAUUAGCACCCUUAGAAUUGAAGUGGCAUAACUAAAAAUUUUAAGAUAAUUAGUUUUAUGCUUCAAAACACUUAUGUAUUAUUAUUAAGAAUCUAUAUAUUAAUACGUGAAGCAAAAACUUCGUAUCACUUUUUACGAAAAUUGCGCGGACUUAGAAGUUUUCCCACACUUAUAGAGAAUAUAGAGAAGUAGUGCAAAAUGCUAAUAUAUUGUUUUUAAAUUAUGCAUAAACAUUUUAAAAAAAAACCUUACAUACACUACCAUGUAUUUGACACACACACACGCAUUUAUACUCUUUAUGUUUAUUGAUUAUCAAUCUGUGGUCAAAUUAAGAAUAGAUUAAUAUAUUUUUUUCUUUAAUACAAUUAUUAGUCUCUAGUAGAAAUGAUAAUAGAAAGGUGACAAUAGAGCUAUAAUAAUGUUCAAACUUAAAAUUUAAAAUAAUUAUGGUUGAAUUUCGACCACUGAACUACCAUUAGUAGGUAAUAAUAAAAUAAUUUAUUGUCUUUCACACAGAUUUUGAUUAUUAUAGGCAGCCUACAAUAAAACAACAAAAAAAGCACUAUUCUGACAUUACUGGCAAGCAGCUCAAUAUUUGCACUUGUACAUCAUUAAUAAGAAUUUCAUUAAGAAUAUUGAUAAUUUAAGAGGAUUUUGACAAGUGCGGAUUAAUAUAGUUACAUAAUAUAUUGUAAGUUAAAUAAAUUUUAUGAGAGCCAUGCCUUGUUCAGAUGUGAGGAUUAGGGGUUUUCCUAUUAUUCUUUUCUAUAUUAUUCUGUCAACUUAUAAAAUUAGUUUAGUCUCUUUUAGUCUAGAAAAGGACAAAGUAUUCUUUCUGUCUUUUUCAAAUAAAAUGCAUGCCUUAAAGUGCUAAAAUCGAAAAACUAAAAAAAAUACAAUUCUUGAAGUACAUUUUUGAAAAUUACCAGAAAAUAAGAAUAUUGGGUUGAGCCACUUUAAUUCUAAAGGUACAAAAUAGUAUUGAACACGUGACAUUACCCGAGUAAUUUUGAAAGUGGUACGUUCCCAUUAAAAUACUGUUGAAAUACUUGUGUUUCAUUUAGACGGUCUAAUGCCAAAACACCACGUGCUACCAAUAUACGAGAAAAAAUAUUAUUGCUGCUUUCGGUGAAUAAACGUCCUGUGAAUCGAGUAGCAUAAGUCAACUCACACUCACAAUUCUUCAUUUUUCACCUUGAAGAACGUACACUCGAUUUGCGCAGUUGUUAAAUUAAUUAAAGACUUGUUAAAUUUUGAAAAUUAAACAUUUUUAUCGAUUGUGGUGUUUUUGGUGCAGUGUGGUAUUUUUGUUGUAGUGGUGUUUUAAAGCAACGUAAAAAUGAAAACAAGCCAGCAUCAAUUUGAAUUAUUGGUAACUAUUAUGGAAGAACACGGAGAUCUCAGCAAGCCGUCAUCCAGCGCUAGAGGUCGGAUGGCAGGUAUUAAGCAUUGGGAGGAGUUAACGUCGUUAUUAAACAGCGAUGGCAGUGGUGAUACAAAAACCACAGAGAAGUGGAAAAAGGUGUGGAGCGAUUUUAAAAAUAACACCAAAAAGAAAGCGGCACGCAUGUAUAAAUUUGCAAGUAGAACUGGUGGUGGACCUGCAUUAAAUACUAAACUUACAGAGUUGGAACAAAGAGUUUUGAAUAUUAUUGGUAUGCAGACAGCAACAGGUUUAGCGGUGGCUGAGGCAGGAAUUUCGCAGGAUAUUGUUGUAUCACAACCCCGAACUCCAGUACAAUCUGGCAAUACAGGUGUUGAACUAUGUAAUGAGCCUGGACCUUCUGGUCGAAUAUAUACAGGACCAAGCACAUCCAGGGAGACCCAGGUUGAGACAACACCUCAUAACCAGGCAUUCAAUGUAGAUAUUGAAAUUGUAGAAGAUGUGGUACCAACAUCAUAUCUGGAGUCUGCCUUUACUGCACCUCAGUCUCCUGUGCAGUAUGGACCAACCACACCACGCCGUCGCGAAAGACCAUCACGAGUACGAUCCCCGCUUCAAAGACGUGCCAGGCUAACACAGACAGAGCACGCUGCACUUCUUUUUAGAAAUUCAGAUUCUAAUUGGAGAGCAUUUAAAAUUGACCAACAUAAAGAUUUCAUGGAAAUGCGCAAAGAUCGGAAUAGAGUAAGAGAAAUGGAAGUGCAGGCUCAGAGGGAAUGGCAAGCCAUGGGUUUAAGUGCAUUAGACUUAUUAACUCAAGUAGUUAAUAAGUUUUGUAAAGAUUAAAUUUGUAAAGUAGAUAUAAUUUUGUUAUCUUGUUAUUUGUUUUUAAUCUCUAUAAUUGUUAUCUUCAAUUAUUAUAGUAUAUACUUAGAUUUAAAAAAAUUAAAGACUGAUUCUAUUCUAA